GUUAUCUACAUGCGCAGAAGAUAGUAUAUGCAUACAUACGUAUAAUACAGGUUAAAAGAUUUUGUUGCACGGAAGAUUAUUAUUACUGACCAUAUAAUAUUAUUGCCAACAAAAUCAAAAUUGUAUAUUAACUGUGAAUCGUGGUACUUUGAUCAAACAGUAUAAAAUGCCAGGAACACCGAUAAAGGAAGAAACCGAUACAUGGCAAAAACUGCAAAUAACGGAACGUCCUCCGGUAGCAAAUUUGCCCGUUGUGCGGGAAAUAACGCAGACUGAUAGAUUAAAUAAGAAAUUAUUAGUAUCCCUUUUAGAAAGAAUGAAUAAAUCGAGUGAUGAAUUCGAUAAAUUUAUGGAUAAGGGAAAUACUAGUUGUGAUUCUCAAGAUGAUAGUGAAUUUUAAGUAAAAUGUAAAUAUGUGCGUUGCAAAACAUAACCUAUCACAAACCGGUUGGAGUUGUACAAUUACUAAGGAAUGAAUAUUGUUUGACAGAAAAAGAAAUAAAAGAUUUCUUGUAUUUCUGA